AGGCCGUAACCAAAGACGCCGUUGUGCGGGAGACAGAGGGCAAGUGAAGAGCCGCGUCGCACAAGUGAGCCAUGCUCGCCUCGCCGGCGCUCGCCGGCGCCCACUCCUUCGCGGCGUCCUUGUCCGGAAGCCUCCGCGUCCCCUUACCUUCCGUCCCCGCGCCCUCUCCCACGCCGGCGCGGCGCGCGGCGCUGUCCGUCGUCGCCAAGGUCAAGGUGCCCACGCCCCAGGACGACCGCAUCGCCCGCCAUGUCCGCAUCCGGAAGAAGGUGAAUGGCACCACGGAGAGGCCGAGACUGAGUGUUUUCCGCUCAAACAAGCAUUUGUACGCUCAAGUCAUUGAUGAUACAAAGCAAUGCACUUUAGCUUCAGCUUCAACCAUGCACAAAUCUCUCUCCAAGGAAUUGGAAUACUCCGCUGGACCAACGAUUGAAGUAGCACAAAAGAUUGGUGAAGUGAUUGCCAAGUCUUGCCUGGAGAAAGGAAUUACCAAAGUUGUCUUCGACCGAGGUGGUUUUCUCUACCACGGUCGCAUAAAAGCUCUAGCUGAUGCUGCUAGAGAGCACGGGCUUGAGUUCUGAAUGUUUACCCCAAAUGUUUGUUCAUAUGUCCAUGAUCACAUGUAAUCUUCCCUUUUCACCCCCUGUAUGUUGAACAGAGGUUGUAGUCACCGCCUUGUUCUGCAGAGUGCACACUUGGCCAGACUUGGAUCGCAUCAGAUUUCUUGUACCAAUCUUGCAUUCAAUGAUUCAAAAGCUUCUCUCAACAUGAUAA